CCAUGAAUCCUCCCUUUUGCUGACCUUUUCUAAUGAACAGCUUCUUUCUUGUUCCUCUGCACCGUACCCACUCGCUUCGUGUAGCGCGUUAAUCACUCUCGCAUCGCUUUUUACUGCCUUUUUGUUGCGGCUCUUCAUCCCCAGGUUUUUUAUUCUGUUUCCCACACUUGUCAUCAUGCCACCCCUUUCCUGUAAUCGUCUAGUCGGUCUAGGCAUCGCAACCUUCAUACUCCUCGUUUUUAUCUUUGCGACUCUUCGCCACGGAGGUGGCCCGGUUCAGACAAUUAAGGAUGCUGCCCAGCAGGCUGCUUCGUCAGCGCAACACUUUUGCUCCAACGACAUACCGAAUUUCUCAAAACCGUCCGUUCAAAAUUCAGUCUCCAACCUUUAUGAGUCAAUACGACAUCCAGUGACAGCAGAGGACUACGUCGAUCCGUAUGGAAUCAAAUUCAAUGUAUCCGACAAUCCAACAUGGACGAAGCUUCUGGGUUCCGAUGUUCUCAUUGUCGACAUGGACACGCGUGCUCCGGAUGGCGAGAACGAGAUCUUUGGCGCCAACAAGAUCAACUGGGAGACCAUGGAUGGAAAAGAGGGCGGCGGGAUGUUGUCCGCAUCGUUUCUGAACCACUAUCUCUACUCCCAAAUCCACGGCUACGACUACAAAUUCUUCCGCGCACAACCCAUGGAGCCAUCCCACCACAACACCUGGAUAAAACCGCACGUCAUCGACGAACUACUGCACUCGUACCGCUUCGUCGUCUUCAUCGACGCCGAUGCCACCAUCCAGCACCUCGAGAUCCCGCUCGAAUGGCUCUUCAACCGCUGGGGCAUCACGAACAACACCUCCAUCGCUAUGCCCAUCGACACCAGGCAGAUCCUCAACGGCGACGAGAACGCGAGCUGCGACUCCAAGGGCAAGGUGACCCUGAAUACGGGCUUUGUCGUUGCCCAGGCGCUUCCGUACACAUUCGAGAUGAUGAAUGCGUGGAAGACGUGCACGAACGGGCUGCGGUAUCCGAAUUGUGGGACGUGGAAGAAGGAGUGGAGUCAUGAGCAGAGAGCGUUCAGCGAGUACAUUCGGUACGACUUUAACCCUAAUAAUAAUAUCGUGGAAAUCCCAUGCGACGACGCUAUGGGCUACCCCGGCCUCGCGGCCAACCAUCCGCACAUCCUCAGCGAUUGCAAAGGCCAAUUCAUCCGGCACCACACCAUCGACAAGGGCAUGACCAAAACCGACACAGGGAACGCCAUGAUCCAGUCCCUCGCCGAGAUCAUGCAAAAGACGCUGCUGCAGACCAAGCAGGAGGUCUGGGUGAACGAGGGCGAAGGGACGAGGGAUUUCAUGAAAGAGUUCAGAGAGAAAGAAGAAUGAACCCGCGUUUGUGACGAAGCUCUCAGAGGGCGAGAAAGUCCCCCGGUUCUGGACGGUUUGGGUUACGGCGUCUUAGGUUUGGAAUAUUCGGUUCAGCAUAUUCGAGAAACGG